CCAAUCACAGCGAAGAACCACACGCAUUAAUAUCGAUACCGCAUUGGCACGAGCUAUUGAAACUUUUCAAUAAUUUCGCGAUUGAGUCGUAUUUUAGUUCAUAAAAGUAGAUUAAAAUACCAAAAUCGAUAGCCUACAUUGACCAAUUUUCCGCUGACUUCAAGAAUUUAUCAUUUACAAAAUGAAAUUUAAUGUAAUUAUCAAAAACAGAAUUCUCCCAGAACAAUAUGAAACCAACGCUGUCUACUCCAACUUUGAGCUAAAGACUGAUCAAGUAAAUGAUAAAUUUGACGAUAAGAAUCGCGGCGAAUCUGAAAACAGUCCAGCCCUCGCUAAUGUUCUCGAGAGUAAGGGAAUAAAACGCAAAAUAUUACACGAAACUAACGAAAACGAAACUUUUAAGAAACCAAAGUAUUCAGUCAGUGAUUCUGUACCAAUGGAAUCUUAUUCUAUUGCUUCUUCGUCAAAUUCUGAUGCUGUACCAAUGACCCGUGAUCGCCAAGUAACUUCCGAAAAUAUUUCAGCAAACGUUGUACAUGAUCUCAAGAUUGAAGGCGACCCUAAAAUUGUGGAACAUGUUGUAAAUAUCGAGGAAAAUGAGAACGAUGUUGCGUCAGAAGUUAAGAAAUCGAAGAGAGUAAUCAAAAUUAAAUUACCAAAAACGAAGAAACAAAAACUUGCACAGUCGCCGUUGAAACUUAUGUUGAAGGAAGCAAUGGAAAACCUCGAUGAUUCUCGUCGAGGUGUCACUUGUAACAAGCUCAAAAAUUAUUUAGCCAAGAAUUUUGAUUAUUUCAAUGAGAAAGCUAUCAAAACUGCAAUUAAAUCUCGUAUCAAAUCAGGCGAAUUCAUCAAUGUAACGGGAAGCGGCUUAAAAGGAUCUUUUAAGAUGGCACAAACAGAUUCCCAGAAGAAACCUAAAGGGUCAAAAGGUAAGAAAAAGUCGACGGUCUCUCUCAAAAAUCCUGAACAAACAAAGGAUACACUGAAGACCACAACGACAGUGAACGCCCCGGAGGCUAACUCAAGCCAUCAAAAUGAAUAAUCGUACAUGUAUUAAUUAAGAAUCUCAUAUUUUAAUAUGAUCACUAUAUUUUUCCCCAAAUUAAAAUUACCUACUUUUGUCUUAACAAUCAAUUAAAUAGAUGUAUUAAACGAAUAACUUAGAACACUUUGUUUUA